CACUCGGUGCCUGCUCUGCUGCUGUGAGACUGGCUCGGGGCUCGGCGGUACGAUCCAUUAUGCUAUUCCUGUUCGAGUGAUUGAUCUUCCGUCUGUCUGAGCGGGGCGGGGGUCGGGUUGGGUAGUGUCGGGGCCACACUUUUCCCUCUUGUUGAUGCUGUUGGUGUUAAUCACCGAUUCCGUGGUGCGAGUAUCGAUCGCGAGUCCUUGGCAGUCUUGGCAGGACGGAUUCCGGGUUUUGCGGCCUCUCGGGAAGUUUCCAAUUUGCUCGGCGGGCGGGCGGGCGGGCGGGCUUCGGUUCCGAUUCUCUGCCCCGAGUGGAGAAGUAAGUAGUGAUCGCGUCUGGGAGAAAGAAGCGUCGUGGAUGACCGGAUGAGUUGUCGAAGUAGAUGUCGAAGAAAUCCGAGCAACAGGAGUUAUCUGCUUGAGAUGAAACUGUGUUUAUGUUGGUCCGUUCGCUCCUCGAAGGUUUUGCGUCUGUCUGGCCCGUUGCGGUGGGAAUGAUGGUUGUGUCGAGAUGAGAGAGAGAGAGGGGUGUGAUUGGUGGUCGAUUCGCAAGGCGAGGCCGGUGUGGUUGUUGAGAGGAAUCGAGAGCGGUGGAGAAGUGGAUCAGAGGCGCUUGGGCUUGAUUUGACGUUACGGAAGUGAUAUGUGUAGGAAGGGACGAUACGUGUUUGUUUCCGAAGGGAAAGAAGAAGAGGAGACCUAAAUGCGAGAUGGUUUAAGGACAUUUGAAGUGGACUAGAAUUGCAACGAAGUUCAACACCGGGGGGAGACGAUGGGUGCGGCGGCAGACAUAGAGGGCCUGAUGGUUCGGUCGCAGUUCAUGAGGGAAGCCAUGACUAAGAGCCAGACUAUCAGCGACAAUAUGAUCACCAUUCUCAGUUCUUUUGAUCACCGCUUGUCGACACUCGAAGCUGCAAUGCGACCUACCCAGGUGCGCACUCACGCCUUCAGAACUGCACAUGAAAAUAUCGACAGCACGUUGAAAGCAGCGGAGGUGGUCUUGACACAGUUCGACGUGUCUCGUCAGAUGGAGGCCAAAAUCAACAGAGGGCCUCAAGGAGACCUAACGGGUUUCUUGGCAGCAGUGGACCAGCUACAGGCUAAUGUAGAGUUUUUCUCUUUGAAUCGCAGUUACAAGAGUAGCGAUGGUGCCCUAAACCAUGCCAGAGGUUUGCUUCAAAAAGGAAUGACCAAAAUUGAAGAUGAAUUCAAGGCAUUGCUUGUGCAGCACAGCAAACCAGUCGACCCUGCUCGUGUGCACGAAGCAUUGCCAGCAGCUUUACGAGCCUCUACUGCAACUUCACCGGUAGCCGCUGAUGGGAAGAGGUUGACGCCCCCUCAGAGUCCGGGGUCUGAACCCACCAAGGCGAACUUGCCUCUGCAACUCCCUGUACUCAUAGCGCCAAGAAUUGUUCCUCAGCUUCAUGAGAUGGCUCAACGGAUGAUAGGAGCUGCUUUUCAUCAACAAUGCCUCAAGGCUUACAGAGAUGUGAGGUCUUCAACUUUAGAGCAGAGUCUACGGAAACUGGGCGUGGAGAAACUGAGCAAAGAGGAUGUACAGAAAAUGCAAUGGGAAGCUCUUGAGGGGAAAAUCGGCAACUGGAUUCAGUACAUGCGUGCUGCGGUGAAGCUUCUUUUUGCCGGGGAGCGUAAAUUGUGCGAUCAGGUUUUCUAUCAUCUGGAUCCAAUUCGAGAAAAGGCCUUUGCAGAAGUAACUGAGUCAAGUAUGAUGAUGCUGCUGAGUUUCGGUGAUGCUAUCGCUCGAAGCAAGAAGUCACCGGAGAGGCUGUUUGUGCUCCUGGACAUGUAUGAGACCAUGCGCGACCUUCUACCGGAGAUCGAAUUUGUAUUCUCCGGAGAGCAAGCUCAACCAAUGCGUGAGGCGGCAAAGAAUCUUGCAAAGAAGCUCGCUCAAACUGCCACUGAAACCUUCAACGAUUUCGAAGAGGCUGUGGAAAAGGAUGCAACCAGGACCCCAGUGUUGGAUGGAACGGUUCAUCCGCUUACGAGCUACGUUAUCAACUACAUCAAAUUUUUGCUAGACUAUCAGACUACAUUGAAGCAAUUAUUUGGAGAGAAAGACAACGGAGACAAGGCAACCUCUAAAUUGGCAGCAGCAACUAUGAGGAUAAUGCUAGUUCUUCAGAGCAACCUGGAUGGAAAGUCAAAAUUGUACAAGGAUGUUGCGCUGACGAACCUCUUCCUUAUGAACAACACCCACUAUAUGGUCAAGUCUGUCAGAAGAUCAGAUGCCAAAGAAUUGCUGGGAGACGAUUGGGUGCAGCGACAUCGUAGAAUCGUGCAGCAGCACGCACAGGGAUAUCAACGUGCCGCCUGGGCUAAGGCACUUUCCUACUUGAGUGGGUCUAGCUUGGCAUCCUCAGGAGGCAGUGGUGGACUUGGCAACAGUGGCGACGCUAGCGGGACAGGCAUAUCCCGCGCUGUACUGAAAGACAGGUUUAAGCAGUUCAAUACAAUAUUUGAAGAGUUGCAUAUACGUCAGUCACAAUGGACGAUUGCCGAUCCUGAGCUUCGGGAUGCGGUACGCCUGCAAGUGGCAGAAGUUCUAUUGCCAGCUUAUCGAUCUUUCCUUAAGCGUUACAGCUCAAUUCUGGAGAAUGGGAAAAACCCACAAAAGUACAUCAAGUACUCCCCCGAGGACUUAGAACGAUUGCUGGGCGAAUUCUUUGAAGGAAAGAUGCGAGCUGAUCAAAGACGGUAAACUGGGCUUCAAGGGUGCUCUGGCCGCGCGCAUUGUAUGAUUUUAUACAGUAUAAAUAAUGUGUUGAAAAUCUAUCCUGUAAUAAUUACGAGACUUUCACUUUCCACAAUCACUGAAUUCAGUUCUGGAAGCUAUAUUCAGUUGUGCAUUGGUUGACUGUAUGGUUUAGUCGCGAUUUUAUCUCGGUGUGGUUCUAGAUACUUCAGCUCUGCCUUAAGAUGAUCUGACACGAACAAGUCUAGCUGAGAGUAGUAUUCUGUGGAUACUAACCAACGUAGAACUAGGUAUUCUCCAGUUUUACGAGCCAUGAAUUAUAAUGUUAAGGAUAGAUAAGGUGUCUUCUCUCACUUUGUCCACCUAGGAGUCAUGUGAUCUGAAUUAGUGCUGUUGUGGAACCGUUUGGUUCUGCUUAAGCCUUGGUGUUGGAGGUUAAUAAAAGAAUCGUAGUAUAUGAAGG